AUGCCUCUGAGCCGCCACACCGGGCAGCUCCCCGAGGCCAAUUGGACCCUGGGCCUCCGGGAGAUGACGGAGCCCUGGAAAGGUGCCCUCGGCUGCUUCGGCGUCGCCGUCUUCUUCGCCAUGACCAUUGGCAUCAUCUCCUGGCAGGCGGUGGAACAGUCCCCGGAGGAGUGGGUGCUGCGCGGCCGCGCCGGGGGGGUGCUGUGGGAGCGCCGCCGCGGUGCCCUGCUCCUGCGGGCGCUGCCGGCGGGCAGGACGGUGGCGGUGAUCGUCGUGGGUGGUGUGCCAGCUGCCGAGCCACCCCCACCACGGGACCACUGCUGGCACGAUGGUGGCACCUUCUGCUACGCCUGGGAGGAGGACGCCGAGCUCCGUCUAUCCCUCGAGCCCGCGCCAGCCCCUGGCACCGAGUGCUAUGGCGUCCGCUGGACCCCGCUGCGCCCCGACGUGGUGCUGAAGGAUUGCUUCUCCAUGGCCAACAUCUCCUGGUAUGGUGGCGCAAGUGUCAGUGCUCAGCGUUGGCCACUCAAUGGUGCCCACAGCCCUGCGCAGCCCUUCGUUAGUGGUGACCUCGGCAAAAACCCCACUGGCUACGGACCUGUCCUGGAGAGAUACUUCCUAGGCUCCACAGGAGUGACAGUGACAGUGGCCCCUGAGGUGCCUCUCCUCCUGUCCCUGGAGAGUGACAGCCACUUCUGCCUGGAGACGCCAGAGGGCAGAGCCGCGGUGCCCCUGCACUACCGCCUCUGCCUCAGCCCGGACGUGGCCACUGCCCAGCGCCAUGUGGGCAGCCAGCUGGCAGGGCAGGAGAGGGCACUGCCGGAUAUGGCCCUCCUGAGGUCUCCGCUCUGGCGGUACCAGGGCUCUGCCAGCUCGGCUGCCAGGCUCAGACGGGGCCUGCGCUCCCUGGCCAGGAGGCUGAAGAGGCAUUGCCUGCAGGACGGGGUCCUGGCCCUGGGGGAGCACUGCACUGCUGUCCUGGCUGCUGCGGAGGACCUGCCCUCGGAACGGGGGAAGAGGCAGGACCCUGCCCGUGCCUGGGACCCUGCUCUGGUGGACCCUCUGCAGGUCUCCCUCACGCUCUCGCCCUACACCAGCAUCUCCUCUCCGCUCUUUUUGCGCUCGCUGCGGGACGGCACCGUGGAGAGCUCCUGGCUGAGCCUGCAGCUCCGCGGCGGGGGCUGCUCGGUCCCUCUGCUGACCACCUGGAAGGGGCAGCUCUGUGCCCGCCUCAACAUCACCAGCGAGGCAGCCCUGGGCUGGUACCUGGCUCGUGCCCGGCGCUUGCGGCAGGCGCUGGGAGCUGCCUUCGUGGCCUUCGAGGGCGCAGAGGGCAAUGCCUUCCUGGAGCAAGACCUCCAACCCCCCCCUGAGCUGGCAGGGGACAGCUACACCACAGCCCUGGCAGCAGCACUGGCAACCCUGGGAAAUGCCACAGUCAUCAGCGCUGGUGCCAGAUCCAGCCACCUCCCACUCUGGGUCCGGAUGAGUCCUCUGCGUGCGGACUGGAGCCAUGCUGGGCUGAAGGGGCUCAUCCCCUCCGUGCUGCACUACAGCCUCCUGGGCUACAACUUCUUCAUCCCCGAGGCAGUAGGAGGGAGCCUGGCCAGCGACAGCCCAGGGGACCCGGAGCUGUACGUGCGGUGGCUGCAGAUUGUGACCUUCCUCCCUGUGAUGGCCUUCAGCACACCUCCCUGGCUCUGCUGUGACCCCUGGGUGGUUAACCUGACCAGGCAGUGCAUCCGGAGGCACCAGGACUUCGUGGUGCCCCUCCUCCUGAAGUACAGCCAGGAGUGGCUGCACCUGGGGCACCCCAUCUUCAGGCCAGCCUGGUGGCUCAGCCCCACAGACCCAGCAGCUUUCACCAUUGAGGAUGAGUUUCUCAUCGGGGACGAGGUCGUGGUUGCCCCAAUAACAGAAAAAGGGCAAACAUGGAGAGAUAUUUACCUGCCUGGAGAAGGGCUCCAGUGGAUGGACACCAGCUCUGCCCGUGUCUUUGAUGGGGGCACCAUCCUCAGGAACUACUCUGCUAGCCUGGCAGAGGUGCCAGUUUUUGUUAAGACCUCCUAA